UUCUCUCCGAGACCCGCCUUCAGGGUGGUAUAGCCAUUUGGUCCCGCCCCCUCGCGUAUUCUACUUCCGCUCGGGGAAAACUUACUUCCGGUGUUCCUAUGGCCCACUGCCGGGCAGCAUGGCUAGUCGGCAACCUUUACGGGUCUUGUGUUUGGCUGGCUUCCGGCAGAGCGAGCGGGGCUUUCGAGAGAAGACUGGAGCGCUGAGGAAGGCGCUCCGGGGCCGCGCCGAGCUCGUGUGCCUCAGCGGCCCGCACUCGGUCACCUCGGCGGAGGGCCCCGAGGGCGGGGGUCCAGACUCCGGUUCCUGCCCUCCUGAGGAGCAGCCUCGAGGCUGGUGGUUUUCCGAAAAGGAGGCAGACGUUUUCUCCGCACUGGAAGAGCCCACGGUGUGCAGAGGUCUGGAGGAAUCUCUGGAAACGGUGGCACAGACACUGAGCAAGCUGGGGCCUUUUGAUGGACUUCUUGGGUUCAGCCAGGGGGCUGCACUAGCAGCCCUUGUGUGUGCCCUGGGCCAAGCGGGCGACCUGCGCUUCCCUUUGCCCCGAUUUAUCAUCCUCGUAUCUGGUUUCUGUCCCAGGGGCCAUGGCCUCAAGGAACCCAUCCUGCAGAGCAAUUUGUCAAUGCCUUCACUUCAUGUUUUCGGGGACACUGAUCGUGUCAUCCCCUCUCAGGAGAGUGUACAGCUGGCUAACCAGUUCCCUGGAGCCAUCACCCUCACUCACUCUGGUGGCCACUUCAUUCCAGCAGCUGCAUCCCAGCGCCAGGCCUACCUUAAAUUCUUGGACCAGUUUGCAGGGUGAAAGCUCAAUAAAUGCUUCUGCCUUUACAUUUCCCACCCGCUCUUGGGGCAGCCUUUGUAACCUAUGCUCUCCCCAUUAUUUCUCCCACCCUGGGACCUCCACUGUGCUAACAUGCUCUUCACCAUGACCACUUAAAGAAAGAACUGUCAGUUCUCAGGACUCUGUAUGAACCCUCCCCUGCACCGGAGAAAGGGGAACAAGACACCAUACUGGAUUUUGAUAUUCAAAAGGCCAGAAAGCCCUGGAUGAGAGGAUAACUUGGGAAAAGCAGGGUGGGCACCACUGUUGAGUGCCACACAAUAAAGCAGUGGUUUGGAUUUUAA